UUAGUAGAGUGGGAGGAUUCGAACUCGGAUGAAUGCUCCAUAGCCAAUUCGAUCGCGCUCUGGUUGCUCUGUACUUCUUCAAUGGCAGGCAACGAUUCGGGCGAUGGAGGAGUAUCUUCAGCAGAAGCAGUUUUACUCGGAGCUUUAGCCCCUGGCGUCAACGGUCCUACAUGGACUACACUCAAGUCAACAUUUCUGAUGCUGGGUCUGUGUCUCGUCCUGAUGCUUGGCCUCGCAUUCUCUUCCAGCGACUCUUGGUUGAUUCUUCAUGUUACCUUCCUGGUGCUUAUAACUGCGACCCUUUUCUUGCUGCUCAACUGGUUUCUUUCUCAGACUGGGUUGGUUUCAGUGAAGAAUCAAAUGGAAGAACUGCAGUUGGCGCCAAAGAGCCAAGAUAAAAGUGAAAAAAACGAAUGAUUUCUACUUUUACAGCAUUUUAAACCAAGACACCAAGCUGGAAGAGAUUUUCCUUAGGCGAUGAUAUAGGCUUUAUAAAUCAAUCAGGUACAAGUACAACAACAUCUUCCAUUAUUUCAAGAGGGGAAAAAAGAAACAUGAUUUGCAGAAGAAACACUUGGAAUGGCAACUUCAUUCAUUCUUGGAUUCCUCCUCCUUGUGCUUUCCCUUUUUCUGCUUGAUGUAACAGAAGCACGAACAGCACGGUAACUGUAAAAAGAACUUCAUCCUUUUUUGUGUUUGAUGUGAAAGUUAGAAGAGGAAAGACUAAUAUAUACAGAAGUAAAGGCUCAUUGUUGUUGUGUCUUUAUUCCAUUUUUCUCUUGGGAUGCUAUUCUUGUUUCUUACAGAGAAAGAAGAUUCCUAGCCUAGCUUCCCCACUUCCUGAAAUUAAACAUGAGGAAUCUGAGAUUAUUUUGUUGAUUGGUCA